UUCAACCGGAAACACCUGCCGGUCCGGGUGAGCAGGCACCUCUCCUCUUUGGAGGAGGAGUUCAAGCAGUGUCCCAAUGCCCUGCGACGGAUCAAGCUCUUAAUGAAGUCGCCCCUUUUGCUGUAUCCAGUUUGCAGCACGAGUUCGUGCAGUUUCUUCAGAAGAAGACUGGAGACGUGGACAGCUUCACGCUCCGCGACAUUCGGCCCACGAUCGAGGGCCGCCUUGGCCUGACCGAUAAGAUGAAGAAACAACACUCGCCCACCGUCGACCCGCUCUGGGGGCAGGACAGCUAUAACAACUUCAAUCGCCAGUGGUCUCCGACCGAUUCUGACGGCAGCGCGGGCAAUUUCAAGCGCCAGCUUUCUUUGAGCUCCGACCGCAGUAACCCGCUACCGUCAUGUUCAGAAGAGGUACAGCCAGUGCAGAUGAAUUCCAGCGUCGAGCUGAACUUCGAGAGGACCACCUCGGGAAGGUGCAAGCCCUCCCAGUACCAGGUGCCUCUCACGAGGCCCGACUCGAAGCUGCCCCAGAAGCAGCUGAAGCUGCUGAACUCGAUGCUGAAAUCCUGCAGCAGACCCUGCUGGGCCUCUGCCCCAUGCCCCUGUCCGCGGCGGGCCUGCGGCGCAACAUGCUGUGCUGCCACGAGGCCGACGGCGUGCCCCCCGAGCAGUCCGUGUGGUGCCGCUACGACAAGCUGCAGCUGCUGGGCGCGGGGCACUUCGGCGAGGUCUUCAUGGCGAGGGAGACGUGCAGGAAUCUGGGUCGCCGUCAAAGUGCUAGAGCGGCUCGAGCACCGGGAGAUCGACGACGAGACGGGCGAGAUUCGGGACGACGAGGUCAGCGUUCUGAGGGCGCUGGCGCACCCGAACCUUCUCCGGGUGUUCGAGGUGGUGAAGUCUCACGAGGAGGUCUACAUCAUCACCGAGUUCGCGGCCGGCGGGACGCUCUCCGGGCACGCGCUGGAGAGGCCGCAGGGCCCCUGGAUCGCCGGGGCCAUGCAGCAGGUCGUGAGCGUCGUGGCCUACUGCCACCGCCACUACGUGCUGCACGGCGACCUGAAGCCCGAGAACGUGCUCAUCUCGCGGCAUACGACCAGACGGCUCGCCGCUGUGCAUCGUCUGCGACUUCGGCCACACGGCCGUCUGCAUCGGCUCCGCGCGCGUCGCGGCGCCAGGGGACCCCCGCUACAUAGCCCCCGAGGUCAUACUCGAGGAGGAGCUCUCCCCGAAGAGCGACAUUUACAUGCUGGGCGUGACGGCCUUCGAGCUCCUCACCGGAGGGUGGCUGCCGUUCUUCUACGACAGGGCCGUGACCACGUACACGGCCUACUACAACCUGAAGCUGGGCGGCGUGCGGGAGCGCAUCCUGUCGCCGAAGGGCCUGGACGCCAGGGACCGCGACCGGCUGGCCAAGGCCGCGGCGCCGCACGUCCAGGCGACCGUGCGCGCCAUGCUGUCGCGCAAUGCCGCGGACAGGCCCACGGCGGCAGAGGUGCAGGCCUCCUCCUGGCUCCAGGAGGCGCACCAGCCCUGCAAGAGCGCCUACGACGCCAUGCUGCAGUCCGGCGCGAACAACGGCUGGGGCCUGUGGGUGCCCCAGCACCCGCGGUUUGCGGAGCGGCUCCUGGACCGCGCGGCCAUGUCCUGGACGUGGCGCUACACGCUCGGCCUCAUAGGCUCCGGCCUCGAGCCGGACCGCGUGCACGGCGCCAGGCUGCUCUUCCGGCGGAUGGACGAGCACGGCGACGGCCGGAUCGACCGCGAGCUGUUCUGCAAGGCCGCCCAGCGGGUCGGCCUCGACGAGGAGUCCGCCAAGAGCAUCUUCAAGGCGGGGGACAUCCACGAGCAGGACUUCGUGGACUUCCGCAACAUCGUGAUGCUGUUCCUCGACCUGCAGUCCUUCACCGAGGAGGAGCUGCUCUGCGAGCUGCGCUCCUUCCUGAGCCGCGUGGGGGGGCCCCGCCUCGGGGAGGCGCGCGCGGCCGAGCCGGCGGUGCAGGUCAGCGCCCUGCACGCGAUCCUGUCGAAGCGGCCCGACGAGAAGACCCAGCGCUGGAUGCAGGACGUCGAGGGGCUCCUGAGGCCCGGGGAGCACGAGAUCACGCCGGCCCUGCUGCUGCGGCUGCUGCGAGAAGAGCCCGCGGGGCGCCGGCCCGCGCUGCGCGAGCCGCCGAGCAAAACCCUGGUGCCCGGAUCGCUGCGCGGCCGUCGAGCGCUGCGCUUCCUCCGCGCCGGGCAGAUGCCACGCCGGAUUGCCU